AUGGCUGAACUCGGGAAAAACAUUAGCGUUCUGCUAGAAAAUGCAACCAAGAACCUGUCAUCAACGGUCAACGAGGCCAUCCAGAACAAAAACGUGAAGCUGCCCUCGGGAUUGAACGCGUUUCUCUCCAAUGGCCACGCCCAAAAUCAAGAGCUCACGCCCUCGCAAGUAGUCGAAGGGCUCAAUUCUUCGUCAGACAAGGAAAUCCAAACGUCUCUCAAGUACCUGGUGCGAUUGAUGACCACAAAACAGAACUCAGAUCCUGAACUGCUGCAAUACUUCCCCCACGUCAUAAAAAAUAUCACCUCCAACAAUCUUAGGACCAAACGCUUGGUUUAUGUCAUCCUGUUGCGAUAUAACCAUAUGCAGCAGGAUAUCGCUCUACUGUCAAUCAAUGCUAUCCAAAAAUCGCUCACAGACAAAAAUUGCAUCAACAGAGCUCUCGCGAUCAGGACACUGAGCGGUAUCCGUAUCCCGGCAAUCCUGCCCAUCUUGAUCUUGUCGAUCAAAAGAACGAUUUCGGAUUCGUCGCCUCUUGUGCGCUCGGCGACUGCCGUGGCUAUUACAAAAUGCUUUCUACUAGACUCCAGCUUCAACAAACACCGCGAUCUGGCGUCUGCUCUCAAAGACGAUUCUAGCAUUCCAGCACAAUUGUACAAUUUUCUGGCUAUUCUUUUGAGCGACACGGAUUCAAGAGUUUUAAGCUCUGCGCUCAAUUGUUUCUACACCAUCUUCCCAGGCUAUAUCGAUCUAAUUCAUCCUAGAUUCAGUCAUUUAGUGUCCAAGCUGAUAGAGCUCGAAGAUUAUUCAAAAGUGAUUCUGAUUGAUCUUGCAACGGAUUACGCCCGUUUGUACCUUCCCAAACCGGCGGAGGAUAGUAUGGCCGCAGAACUGACUCUUCUGGACUCCAAACUGCGCUCUCUCAUUUAUUCUCCCUCUGCAAACGUCGUGCUUAGCCUGGUGCGUUUCUACAUCAAUGUGCUGCCGUUCAAGCUGGACGAAAUACCACUAGCAAAAAUGCUUGCCAAGUUUCUGGGUGACAACGAGGUUACCGUAUACGUGCUCAACGAGAUCGUUUAUUUGCUUGACCGCAAGCUGGUGAGUUUUUCAGACUCGCAGCUAUCCUACUAUGUGCCUCUUCCAACCGAACUCUUCAAGAUUAGCGAACUAAAAGUGCGCAUUUUGGUUAAGCUUCUGAAUGCACAAAUUUUCGAUCAAAUUUUCGCAGAGCUGGUUUUCCUGCUGAACACGGCCUCCACACAGCUCAAGUUAGCAGUCGUAAGGCUGCUCAACCAGUACCAUGGCACUCCAGAACAAAAAGCUAAGAUCGGCCAGCUAUAUCUCUCAAGGCUCGACUCCGAGACUGAAGAGCUUUUGGUGGCAGAGUAUGUCACGGGACUGCGGAUCAUGGUGCAAAAUGACCUGUUUGGGAACAUCGACGUGCUACUUAAGCUCACGGGAAAACUGGUCAAUGAGAGUGAGCUCUCGCCAGUUGCCAGAGCUUCGAUCAUAUGGCUUGUCGGGGAAUUUUCGAACCACCAAUACCACGACGACAAAUCAUUAGCAUUAGGCAACUUCUUGCCCGACCUGAUGCGAAUUCUUGUGCGGGACUUUAAAGAACAGGAGUACAUGGUAAAAGUGGAGAUUUUAACUGCCCUGACGAAAAUGGUGUCGAAAGAAUUGUAUGCUAGCAAGCAGCAAGGAGAAGAGUACAACUACGAAAGCAUGCUAUGGAAACUAUUCAACCUCGUAUUGCAGUUCACCAAGUACGACUCCAGCGUCGAUCUACGCGAUAGGUCCAGGAUGAUUGGAUCGAUUCUUCCCAAUGUGGUCUAUCUCGACGAAGACCUCACGGCUACCACUGCCAUAGAAUUCCAGCAAUACUACGGACAGAAAGCCCAUGUCCUGGAGAGAUGUGCCGACAAAUUGCAUGAGGUGGAGCUUUCAAUCUUGCUAUUCCAGACAUCAAAACCUGCUCCUGUUUCCACUGACUCCUCGGCAAACAACAACAAUAUAAACAAGUACAACCAAGUUACGCCGCAAGAGCUGAACCCUGAGCUCCUUGAAUACUAUAGCGAGUUGCGCGCACAGGAAUUCCAACUGAAGGACUACAGCCAGCACAAAUCAAUGUCGCACGCUGCAAGGCCGCCACCAGUGGUUAGCUCUGCCACCACGAUAAACAUUGAGCCAAGACAGAGUGCAAGAAAGUACAAGUUGCAAACACUGGACGAUUUCCUGAAGGAGAAAGGUAAGAUGAACGUGUUUGGAGGCAGCGAAGACGAAUCAGGACAGGAAGAUGAGGAAGACGAGGAAGGCGAGGCCGACGAAUUGGCCAACGACGACGACGAUGCGCACGACUCCGAAUCUGAAAAAUCGAGCUGA